GGUUUAUUUUUAGCCUGAAACAACUGCUUCCUAAAAAUGGAGUUCCUAAUGACACAGAAGCCAGGCAGAGCUAUGUAAGGUAUCCAGGGGCUUGGCCUCACAGCUUCUCCUGUCUGUCUCUUUGUCUUGAGCCCAGGAUUGCAAAGUUUGCUGCUUCCCACUUGGCCUUGAAGAGCUGGACUGGUCAUUCGGAAGGCAGAGGAAACAUAAGCUCCACACAUUGUCUCUCUCCCCAGAUAAACAAGAAAAGGUUGGACACCCAUUGCCCCAAUGAAGGUGGCUUUCUGGCUUGUGGCAGGUUUGUACCUGCUUUUCUGCUGCAAGGCAGAAGAAGGACUGAAUUUCCCCACCUACGAUGGGAAGGAUCGGGUGAUUGACCUGAACGAGAAGAACUAUAAGCAGGCACUGAAGAAGUAUGACAUGCUCUGCCUGCUCUUCCAUGAGCCCACGGGUUCUGAUAAAGUCUCUCAGAAGCAGUUUCAGAUGACAGAGAUGGUUCUGGAGCUUGCAGCCCAGGUCCUGGAAGAUAAAGGGAUCGGCUUUGGGAUGGUAGAUUCCAAGAAAGAUGCAAAGCUUGCCAAAAAACUCGGUUUGGUUGAAGAAGGAAGCCUCUAUAUCUUUAAGGAGGAGCGUUUGAUUGAGUUUGAUGGGGAGCUGGCCACAGAUGUCAUAGUGGAAUUCCUCCUGGAUCUGCUGGAGGACCCGGUGGAGAUCAUCAACAGCAAGCUGGAGCUCCAGGCCUUUGACCGCAUUGAGGAGGAAAUCAAACUCAUUGGCUACUUCAAAGGAGAAGACACUGAACAUUACAAGGCAUUUGAAGAAGCAGCUGAGCACUUCCAGCCAUAUGUAAAGUUCUUUGCUACCUUUGACAAAGGGGUUGCAAAGAAGCUUGGUCUGAAGCUGAAUGAAGUAGAUUUCUACGAGCCAUUUAUGGAUGAGCCAGUACAUGUCCCUGACAAACCUUACUCGGAAGAAGAGCUAGUCGAAUUUGUGAACGAGCAUAAAAGAGCCACCCUGAGGAAGCUGCGUCCAGAAGACAUGUUCGAGACCUGGGAGGAUGACCUGGAUGGAAUCCACAUCGUGGCCUUCGCUGAAGAGGAUGACCCAGAUGGCUAUGAGUUCCUGGAGAUUCUGAAGCAAGUUGCCAAGGACAACACCAACAACCCUGACCUGAGCAUUGUGUGGAUUGACCCUGAUGACUUUCCUUUGCUUAUCACCUACUGGGAAAAGACCUUCAAGAUUGACCUAUUCAAGCCACAGAUUGGAGUGGUAAAUGUCACGGAUGCCGACAGCAUCUGGAUGGAAAUCAAGGAUGAUGAUGACCUGCCCACAGCUGAGGAGCUGGAAGACUGGAUAGAAGAUGUGCUUUCUGGGAAGAUCAACACUGAAGAUGAUGACGAUGUUGACGAUGAUGACGAUGACGAUGAUGACGAUGAUGACAAUGAUGAUGAUGAUGAUGACGAUGAUGAUUAGAUUUGACUCUGUAUGAUCUGAGUUCAGGAUGCUGACCCAUUCUCACUUGGGGCAGGUGGCUGUCCCCCACGAGUAGCUGUCCCACCAACUAGGACAUCUAAAGACUCUUUCCAAAUAUCAUUGGACAUCGGUUUGCUCUUCCUUUCUUCCCUGACCCUGCUCUCAACCUCCUUGCCGAAACGCUUAUUGGCCUGAUUUUCAGCAGUGCCGAAUAACCACAGGGGAACGUCCACCACUGCCCCACCAAGCAGCAUGGUUAAGGUCACAGAAUCCUGAAAAUUCCACUGCAGGAGUCUAGUGCUACUUCAUGGACAGUGCCAUCAACAACCAGUUGUUUUUUGUUUAUUUUAUCCUGAUAAGUAUAACUUUUCAACUAUCCACAUCAUAAAGGAAAAGUCCCCUGGUUCAGACCUAUGGAAAACACUCCCACCCAAACACAUGAAGCUUGCCCAGAUUUGAGAGUGGAUCAUUGCAAGCUCUAAGCUAAGGUGAGGUUGAGAAAAAAGUAGAACACCAGAUCUUCAGGCUCCUGAACUGCAUGAGUUCAGGUCUAGGUCUGAAUCCACACUCUGAGGCUCAGAUUCAGUGUGUCUGAUCUGAAACGCUGGUGUCUUUCAACCCCAAAGCUUUGAAGUAGUCAUGAUCCAAAUCUAAACUCUACUACUCUGACCCAGCUGUGUCAUAGAUGGAACAAGAACACCAUAUAAGAGCUCCAUGUGGGAGAUUUGCACCUGGAUCUGAAUUCUGUGGGUCAAGUCUAUCUCAUUUUUCAAAUGAACUUUGACUGUGUUAUGGUUGUUGCACUGAGACAUAUUGGAAAUACGAUCUGAGAGCACAAACCCAUCCAGUUACAAACCAAGAGAAACAUCCCUAGGGAAUCCAUCCCAUUCUGCAUGACUACAACUCAAGAGGUCCCUGAGUGACAUCUUUUUCCAUGAACAGUACGUUUUGGGCAGAAAGGUCAUUCCAGCUGUACCAGAUAUACUGGCUAGCUGGAUAAUCUUGAUAUGGCACCCUGCAGUGAAAGGAUUCAGGUUGUUUGGCCUUGAAUUAAUCAUGACCGAUUUUCAAAAUGAUAUUCCACUUAGAUGCAUUCAUGUAUUUUUGGUGCUAUGGGUUUAUCUUCUUUUUGCUGCCAACUCUAUGGGCCAGAAGAGCACUAGUUUUCAGUCCAGGGGUCACUCACAAUGAGAAGGUCCAUGUGACCAAGGUCCAGUGCUGCUAUCCAUGUGAAACCCACAUGCUGGCCCAUUUGACAUCUUUAGGUCUCCCAGUUCCCCAUGCCCACAGAUUCCCAUUGUCCUAGUCUUAUUGGGUUCUGUAAAAGCACAACUCAUGGGCAGUCUAGGGAUACUUUUGCCCUUUUAUCUUCAGAUUGUUCUGUUUGUUAGCUUAGUUUGGGUUUACUUCUAACCUUAUCAGAGAAACAGCCUGUGGUUCCGAUCUUACUUAUGCAAGAAGGAAUCCAGGGUAAUGAUUAAAAAUCUGUGAAAUUGAUAAGGUAGAAUUAAUGUAAGUGGGCUGAAAAUCAGAAAUCAGUGGCCACUGUAUUAAUGUAAAUUAGCCUAUGGGUUACUCCACUAAAUUGCCCUCUGUGUAGGUGAACUACGAAGCAAAAAGUUACAUAUUGUGAAUUUGCCAAUGUGUGUGUGUAUAUUUACCCUUUCCUGCUUCUUCAUGUUGUAUAAAGACUGAUCCAAAGGUUUAAAAUGUAUCUGUUCAGGAGAGAAGGAGGGGAAGGAUUUUCUAUGUAGUUACAUCUGGAAUGUCGGGAUUUCAAAUUUCACUUCGCUUUCAAGGCUGAAAGGCUUGGGAAAACCUUUGUAGAUCCUACGGGAAAUGUCAUGUGAGGCUGUAACAUGAGUUGUGCCUCUCAUUGCUUGCUGUAUUGGGGUGGAGAGGUUACAUUUUAGUCCUUCUCUGUUAGCUGAAGGGAGGGAUACUGCAGCUCUGUCUGCAACUACCAGCAAUCUUCUUGUUCAGGUUCUGCAGAGUUCUGCCUGAGGUCCUCAAGCACAAGAAAUGAGGACCUGAGGAUAUGGACAGACAAACAAAUUGUAGCAAGUUAAAAGGAGGACUCACUGCAUGUCAGCUGCUGUGCUGUAGCUGUUUUGUGCAUCUGCUUCUCUCCCAUGGUAAGCAAAAGCUAAAGCAGGCAAGCUUAGCCUUGAAUGAAAGAGGGCUGAGUUACCACAGUUUAGCUCCCAGCUACUGCAGGGUAGGAGCAGACACAUGAAAGUUACCACAGAGUAGAUAUGUAGUACCCCACUUUUACCUCACUGUAAUUUCUUCAUCUCUUUGAGGCACCCAAUAUUUAAAAAAAAACACCCAAAAACUGUUUUUGCAUCUGAAGCCAGCUUUCUGCAUUCUAAGUAUAGGAAACAGCAAUGCCAACAUUUUUCAGCUUUUCCUCUUCAUUUGCUAUUAAGGGACAAAUCCUUCUUAUGUUGCUCAUGUAGAAGACUAUAUAUUUGCCUUUAACAAUUCUCAUGAGUAAGAUAAGUGGGAAUCCACACUUCACAGUUGAUCUGUUUGCCUUAUAGUUUACAAGGAUCAUAAGCAUUUUUGUACUCACAGGUCAUUGUAUUAACUGCAGCUCCCAAGGAUUAGCCUGGUUAUAAAACAUAUUUUAGUCACAUAGAAACUGCUUGCAUCUUUCUGCAGUUAUGAAGCGCUCUCAUGAGCUGUUGAGGGAUACAGGCUACAAUUCCUUACAAUGGUCUGAAUUGGCCCAUGGAAGCAUUUUAGAAUCCCAGAGAGGGAAGGCUCCUGAAUGAAGAUAUUAUUAAGCACAGACACAAAUGGGCAAUUUUGAAGUGAAAUUAAUUUUGGUAAACAGGAAGAAUAAAGGAGUUCGUUAUUUGAACCGGGCUGAAGCCAUUGCCACUGUAACAGGCAAUGCCAAAAUGCCCGCUAGCUUCCUCUCUUCCAACCCUUUUCUACUCUAAGGAUUGGUCUACAUAAAGGUGAUUUGCAACUGGCAGUGUAUGGCAAGGGAAGUUCCAAGGUACUCUUACACUAAUACAAAGGCAUUUUAUAGCAACAAAGGCAUUUUUCCCUUCUUCUGGAAAAAAGGGCACUUCAGUUUUCAUCCUGUUCUUGCAGAGGUCAGCAAUGGUGACUGGUCAGAUGGGUUUCAGUGCUUUGUAAAUUGGAACAUAAAGCUUUUGCUUUAUAUUAUAAAAUAAAAGGCUAAUUCUGCAAGUGUACUCCCCAUUGUCCAUGCAAUUAAUGGGGUUUUUUUGUACUAUCCUUUCCUCCCCGCUCCCAAUUUCUCUAAUGUGGCUUCUCCAGUUCUCUUCACCCAUGGAUCAGAUCUUUUAAACUUUAAUUAAAAAGCUGAAGCUCAUCUCACUCUUCUUUUAAAAAGGAAUGCAAUUUUAAAUGAAGGAAGAAACUCUAGUCAGGAUUGAAAGCCAGAAACAUUUAGAAUCCCCCCAAAUAUUCAGUAGCUUGCAGUCUCUUUUCAGUGAUUUUCCAAUUCUGGUUCAGUCAGUGCCAUUUUACAGCGUAGGACAAUAUCUUAUUCUUCUUUGGGAAGAAAAGGCUGAUUAAAAUAUUGGUGUGUUCCAUGUUGCGCCCCACCAGCUUUUAGCAUGGUCUGAGCUGGGAUUGGUGGGAGAUUGGUGUGCUUUGUGCUGUGAUUGGUGGGACACUUAGACAAUCUGUAUUGUGACUGGUGGGAGGCUAUGGUGUGCCAUGCUGGGAUCAGUGAGCAAUUGGUGUACCCCCUGCAGUGACUGAUGAAACACUGGUGCACAUGCAAUAGUGUGAUUGGUGGAAUAGGGGAUGGUCUCUGCCAUUGGCUCUGCCAAGCUAUGCUAUGCUAUGCUAUGCUACCUGUACCACUGACAGGAGGUUAUUUGAGGUGCUGUGCGCUGUAGCUGAUGGCUUUUAGUCUCUUGCUCCUAUAAUUGCUUCCUUGGUAUUGACCUAUCAUGCAUUAAACAGCUACCAUUCAGCUUUUCUGAUAAACAGCUAGAAAGGAUUGCCAUUGCUCAUGGAUGGGAGAUGAACCUUUACUUUUGGUCCAUUAAGCCCCAGGCUGCAUGGGCUUCUGUGAAAUAGGAUUUGUGGUCUCAUCCUCUUUCCCCAACAACAAGGACUCAUAGCCCAAGAACCACCAGUUAGCACUAAAGAGUCUUUUUGUUGUCGGUCACAACAAAGAGACUGAAUAGGCUGUGGGGAGAAAAUUGCUGGAUAACUCUCUAGUUUUUUUCUGCCAUAGCACUGAGCCACAACAGUGGUAGCAAUGUGAGUGAAUUUACCCUUUUACUCUUGCUGCCUGUGUGGUACGUGCUGAGGACAAAAAGAGCCAAAUUCACCGCCUGGCAUUAUCUCUCUAAGAGUUUUUACUUGGUAAGAUAGAUUUAUCCUUCAUUUAAAUUAGUAUUUUUUUAAAUCAAUAUGUGGUAAUAAAGAACCCAGAUAAGAUUUUAAAAUGUUUUCCUCUGAGUUCUUGGUGCAGGUGCCCGGAGCCUGCGCUGCACUGGGCUGCCCUGCACUGUCACCUCUGCUGUGCUGGGCAGCCCAGAGGUGGUGGUGAUGGCAGUGUAGAUGCAGGGCAGCCUGGCAUGGCACAGGCUCCAGGUGGCUGCAGCAAAAACUGCCCGGUGGUGGGCGGAGGGAGGCACAUUUUCCCCCUGUGCUGAGCAACAGUUUGUGCCUGGAGCCGCUACUGCUACUGCUGCUCAGCCCAGACAGGCGAGUCUGGAGUAGGCAUGGUUGGGGCUGCAUACAUGGGUCCUCACUGGUACCACAGGGCUUGGACCAGUGGCAGCUGGAAGGAGCCACCAACACCUGAGCUGCCUACAAAAGCAAUCCCGCUGCAGAGCCGCCCCAGCCCUGUCGCAUGCCUAGAGGUGGCAGGACACACCAUGGCCAGACAGGGUGGAGUGGGCACAGAGGGCAGGGUAGGGCUGAAUCUAUGCACCCCUGGCAGUGGCGGGAAGGCACCACAGGUGCAUGGGCUGUUGCAGGGCAGGGGUGGGUGCUGACCAGCUCAGGGGGAUGCGCACAGGGUACUCCCAUGUAUACCCCACCAUACCCACAAACCCUCUCCCGCAAAACUCACAACUGUACCAUCCCGCACACAAAUAUCCCACAAACACCACACCUACCCACACCCUCCCCCACAAACCCCAUACACACACCCAUGUGCCUCUGGAGGGAGCCCCGCUCACUGCUAUGCACACACACCCCACCACACACACAUACCCACAUACACUCCCAGGCACCCUCCCCCUCCACACACCCCACAGGUCCCACAAACCCCAUACCCACACACACACACACACCCCCCAUGCCCACCCAACCACAUCCACACACACCCCCACACCCCACAUGCACACAUAUCCACACACACACCCACAGACCCCCACAAACCCAUGCUCACCCACCCACCCACACCCCUCAAUAUAAAAAAUCAAGACUUCAUUUUGAACUAUUAUGCAAUCACCUCUAUAUACACUGCGCAGAUGCACACAAAUCAGGACAAAACAUUUAAAAAAUAAAAUUAAUAUAUUAU